AUGCAAAAGAAUAGUCUAGUUCUAGUUUGUUUGUUUCAUCUUGGCUUGGUAGCUUUUGCAGACGAAGCAGCGAAUGCAAUAGAAACCGCAUGCGAAAGUGUAGCAAACAAAACACAAUCGGCUGGCAUUAUUCUUGAAGUAGUGUCUAAUGUUGUGAGUGCCAAUCGAGAACUACCAAGCGAUUCGCUCACUAGCAAAUAUUUAGAAGAGCCCACAAAUAUCAUGCUAUUAUCAAUGCCUGGUGACGGAUGUAAGACUUUCUUCACGCUUUUAAAAUCAAUAAUUCAACGAGAUUUGACAACUGGCGGAAAGACGGUUGAAUCAGCUACAACAGCUGCUAAUGCGCUCAUCGAAAUUGCUCUCAAGCCGUUCGCACCCAUCGUAGAAAAAAAAUAG